ACUAAUAUCAAAAGUAAAACAUUUGUUGAAAACUUAAAAAUCACAUUUUCACCCUGUUUUUCUGUAAAAAUUUGUAUAUAAAGUUCUUCUAUUAGGAAAUUUUACAAAAUGACGAAACUGUUCUUUUUCUUGUCCGCGGUGGUAAUUUUCCUAAAUUUAACUUCUCACGUUGAGGGCUGCACGUGGUGCUCGGGUGGGACUCGAGUUCGUUCAGGGAACAGACCAACUAGAAACGGCUGUGGGGUUGGAUGGCAAAGCCAAGUUCUGAACCGACUAGUGACUCCUAAAACGAUCGGGUGCUGCAAUUCGCACGAUUUCUGUUACAAUGAUUGCUCGAAAACGAAAGCCAUUUGUGACAAUGAGUUCUCAAAUUGCCUCAAGAACAUAUGUGACAAUUAUAGGAGCGAGGGAAUAUGCAUAAGAGGAAUCAUGAGUUACUUUGUGGAAAAGAUGGGUUGCUCGGCCUAUCAAAGUGCUCAAGCGGAAGGGUGCAGAUGUCAGGCUCGGACCGGAAAAUAAGGACAAGACGCAAUUUUACCGAGUUGGUACGAUAAAGAAAUCAAUAAUGGCAUCCAUAAUUUGGAUAGCAUUAUAAAACCAAAACAAUAUCAUAUUUAAGUCUACAAGCAAUAAAAAGAAUUGUAUAAUUAAGCAAUUAUCAUAUAGGCCAGAUUACCUACAAACUGUCCUAAUAAACCAAAUGCACAUAAGGAA